AUGGUAGCCCUCGGCGAACUACAAGGACCUUCCCUUCCCGACCCCGAUACGCCCCUCUACGCGGCCUUUUACCAGAAUGUCGUGAAAUACCCGAAUAACGUGGCUCUGGUCAGUACACAGCAAGCAUCGACUCUCUACGGAAUCCCGAGCGUGCCCCUCAACGGCACCGAGCCGGAAAAGAGCUAUCUGCGAUGGACGUACCAUGAGCUCGAUCAUGCCAUUCAGCGAUUGGUUGUUAGUUUAAAAAGUCGAGGCCUGAAGCAGGGCGAUGGAUUGGUUCUCUUUGUGCCAAACACCGCCGAGUAUGUGAUUGCGACAUGGGCUGCCUACCAAAUCGGUUGCGCCUAUAUUCCCAUCAACCCCAAGUGUCUGUCCAAUGCCAAAGAGGUGCGGCAUUUGCUAGAGACCGCGAAAAAGGGGUGCAAGUCGGACUUUUUGGGCAUUAUCGCCGGGACAUCUGAUAUGUGUGCGCGCAUUGAAGAGUUGACGACCGAGUCGAACUGCAUGAAGAUAUUGGUCGAUGGAAAGUCGGAGGGCUGGACCCCCUUUGAAGAGUUGAUGCAGAGCCCAGAUCCACAUUCCGAGGAUAGUCUAUGCAGGGAAAAGCACUCAGAGCUUCCGGAUCAAACAGUCUUCUUCACCAGUGGAACGACAUCUCUUCCCAAGGGUUGUAUAAUGCCAUCUGCGUAUGGCUAUGCAGCUGCAUUGUUCUGGCGCCAAAGCAGCAUUCCCCUGCUGCCAGGCAAACGGGCAUUGUUCACACUGCCGAAUAAUCACGGGUUUGGCUGGCUCAACAUCAUAGCCCCCUUCAUCAAUGCAGCCACGGUUGUGCUCCCAGGACCAAACUUCGUCCCAGAGGCGGUGAUUAAGGCUAUCCACGAGGAGCAGGUGACCCACACUGGCUUUGUGCCAACUAUGGUGCAUGCUCUGGGCAGUAUGCCACUUCCAUCCGGCAAGCUGAGCUCUCUUGGACGGAUCGUUCUGGGAGGCUCUCCCCCAACCGAAGAAGUCAUCAGAAUCUGCAUUGACACCUUGGGUUCGUCGGCGGUGGAAAACCUCUACGGUAUGACAGAGGGCGUCCUUGCCUGUUCAGGUGUGGUGAAACAAGCCAGUGAGAUGAUCAAAGGCAGAGAUGUUUCUAUCGGCACCCCUCUUCCCGGAAUGACUGUUCGUAUAUAUGACAAGGAUAGCGGAGAGCCGACUAGUGCUGGGACUCCCGGCGAGAUCCAUUUCACGGGCCCAAGUAUCAUCGAUGGGUAUGUCGGAGUAGCCGAUAAAAACUUCUAUAACGAUGAAGAUGGCCGUCCUUGGUUCCGGACCGGUGACAAGGCUUUCGUUGGUGACGACAACCGUCUGUACCUGGUCGGUAGGUACAAAGACACCAUCAUCCGCGGCGGCGAGAACAUUGAACCAUCGGCCAUCGAAUCUGUUCUGGGCCAAGUCCCGGAGAUCAGUGUUCUUCAGCCUCAGAUCGUUCGCGCGCCAGAUCCAAUUGCUGGCGAAGUUCCCAUUAUGGUUGUCAAUCGGGAAGUCGAUGGCGACACCGCAACAAGCUUGCAAGACACCGUCCUGGCGCAAAUGGGAAGUCUCUAUGUCCCGGCCGAUGUGAUAUCAAUUCAAGCGCUAGGACAAGACACGUACCCCCGAACCAUGGCCGGGAAGGUCCAAAAAACCGAAAUAGAAAGCUUGGUCCGGACAUACUGGGAGAAGCGACAAUCACAAGAGCCAGCGGACUCAGAUCAGCGCAUCAUUGAGGGCCCUGUGUCAGGUGCUCAAGUCAUGCAGUCAUUAUGCAUGGCGAUCGAAAAGAACAAGGGUCAUGCAGUUGACUUCUCUCUUCGUAUGGUUGAGCUGGGAGUUGAUUCCAUCUCGUCUAUCGCAAUCCUGAAGCGCGUCCAGGUGGAAACCCAAGUAUCAUUGCCGUCGUCUCUGUUCUUCACCCAGGCAACCGUCGGUACAAUCUGCCAACAGAUCAGUGCAGUCCCAGACCGGGAAGGCUUCCUCAAUUUCACCCCCAUCAUCGAGGAAGCCCCGGGAGACACCUGCUUUUCGGUCCUCCUCCAAGGAACCCCCCGACCAGGCGUCCCCUCCCUCUUCCUCGCCCCUCCAGGCUCUGGAAAUGCCUUCGUGUUUCGCAUGCUGCCGAAGUUUGCCGAUGACCGUCCGGUCUACAGUUUUGGCUCUCCAUUCCUCAUGACGGCAUCCGAAUCAUCGUGGACGAUAGAAGAGACCGCCACGAUCUACGCGAAUACCAUUCGCAGCAUCGAUCCCCAGGGACCAUAUAUCCUAUGCGGCUGGUCCAUGGGAACCGCCACCGCGUAUGAGACUGCAUACCAGCUCCAUGAGCAGGGGAAACAAGUGUUGGGCAUCAUCAUGCUGGAUCUGGCAUUGCCCCGACCACCCCCUGAGAUCCCGGAGGCAACCGUGGAGCUAUUUGAGAUGAUGGGUGUCUUCCCUCCGAUCCGUCGCCGAAAUCAACCCGACGUGGAGAUUCCCGCCUUCCGAAAGAAGCACCGAGUCGCCGCUUACUAUGCUAAAAUGAAGUAUCACCCUCGCCCCUUCGACUUCAACGACGAAAGCCGACCGCGCAUCUAUGUCAUUUGGGCUGGCCAUGGCGAUCACGACCGGAUGGGAGGCAUGGUGCUUGACGCAAUGGAGGUUUUGAAGAGGGAGGGGCCAGAGACGAAGCUGAAAACUAGCGUGGACUGGCUUCACGAUCCGCGGGAGUCAUUCGAUGCCGGUGGGUGGGACGAAAUGGUUGGAUCGGAGUAUGUCGAGUGGGGCAUUGUAGAAGACGCCGAUCACGACACGCUGAUCGAGUCUGAAGAAUUGGUGAGUCUUUACUUCCCUGUCCUUGGCCGAGUUACUAAUUGUGGGCAGGUUGUUUUGACGAAGGGGUUGAUGGAAGAUACCAUGGGCAAAUGGCUGCGAGAAGUGCCGAUCAAGCCCAAUGGUUCAACAUGA